AUCAGUCUGUCUAAAUCCAGAAAGUGUGUUAAAGGUUGCUAAAAGCUCCGCAGAUAAUAGCCAAAUAUACCUGACCAAAACAGCUGUCAUAGAGACUUUUUACCACAUUUACUGUCGUCGUUAUUACACGAGCUACAACCAGUUGCGUAUCCAGCAGCAGUUAAUUUGUCGGCAGGUUUGAUUCUUUGACUGGACAGGAUCAUCGGAAGCGAGGAUUCGUUCUGGGCGUGUUUGCUCUAAGAUCUGUGUAUUUCAACUGCAUGGCCCUUGGUGUGGGAGCACCAUGAGCGGGGAGCCUGAUGCCUUGGCUGUGGUGAAUCAGCUGAGGGACUUAGCUGCUGACCCCCUCAACAGGCGAGCUAUUGUUGAAGAUCAAGGCUGCUUGUCAGGCCUCAUUCUCUUCUUUGACCACCCCAAUCCACAAGUCGUCUACUCUGCGCUAUUGGCGGUGCGCUACCUGGCAGAAUGCCGCGCCAACAGGGAGAAGAUGAAGGACGAGCUGGGAAUGAUGCUGAGCCUGCAGAACGUCAUGCAGAAGGGCACGUCGCCAGGCGAGACCAAGCUACUAGCGUCUGAGAUCUAUGAGAUCCUGCAGAACUCCAGCAGCACAGAGGCCGAACAGGCGGAAGCGGCCGCCUCUUCCCGAAGAAAAGCCCAGUUUUUCCUGGGUGGAACGAACAAACGGGCCAAAACAGUGGUGCUUCAGAUCGACGGACUUGAUGAUUCGGCUCGUCGGAGUCUUUGUGAAGAAGCCCUGCUAAAGAUCAAAGGUGUCAUCAGUUUUACCUUCCAGAUGGCUGUGAAGAGAUGUGUGGUGAGGAUCCGAUCAGACUUGAAGGCUGAGGCCUUGGGAACUGCUAUAGCUUCAACCAAAGUCAUGAAGGCACAGCAAGUAGUGAAGGGGGAAGAUGGAUCGGAGAUUGUAAUCCCAUUCCAAGAGGACUCAGAUGUGGUGGUCGAGCAGAACAUAAAUUUGCCAGAUUAUCUGCCUGAAGACGAGAGCCCGUCUCAGGAGCAGCACAAGGCUGUGACACGACUGGGCUCCAUGCAGGAUGGCGUGAGCUGGCUGAGCACGGCUGCCAACUUCCUCUCCCGCUCAUUUUACUGGUGACCCCACGACUCCCCGCAUGCCAGACUGCUGAGCGCAUCCGCAAUAAACUUAUAACCUUGUUCCAACUUUAAAAAAGGCCCCAACCGGCGGCUGUAAAUGGUACGUGAUCCGACCCGCUCCUGAAACUCACGUUAGCGCUGCAUUCGCACACACGAGACACUAAAACCAGAAAGCAACCGGGGGAAGUUCACAUAGCAUUUUGCGUGUAUCUGCUUUCUCUUAUUCACCUUUGUGUUUGGUCGGGGGAAGGUUUUCAAAUGAUUCCCCACAGAUUCUCCUUGCGGGUUUGUUUCUGUUGAGACUAAACAACACCUUGGGGGUUUUGCUAGUUUGCUAGGCGGGUUGUACAUUUUCUACAAAUUUGGGUGCUUUCUGAUGUGUUCUAACCCUUCAUCUCAGCUUUCUUGUACAUUUUAAACAACUUAAUUUGUUUUUCAUUUAUUUGAUAAUCCUAAUACCACUUUAUUAAUCAACACUUUUCAAAGCAUGCGGUAUUUUUUAUGCCUUUAUUAUUAUUUUUUUUGAUGAACUCGUUCUUUCUGUGUGUGCCUUUGCUAUGUAGCUUGUUGAUUAAUUUUCUCGGUUUUAAAUCCUCUUUAUUUGCUUCGUCUGAACUUCUAAAGCCUUCUGAAGAUGUAAUUUUUAGGUUUGAAAUGUGUAGCGAUGCUUCACUCUUCCUCACAGAGCUGAUUUCACAUAAAAUCCAAUUAAAACACAAGCACUGGUUGGUGUGCAGUAAUCAUAAUUAACGGUUAAUGCAUCCAAUAAAGGGAAGCCACAAGGAAAUAGCUGUCACUAUGUGUAUAAUGCUAACCUUUUAUGUUACAGCAUGUGCCAAACACCAGAUAACCUUCUUUACAGUAGCAAAAUAUGUUGUAAAAUAGCUCUGACCCUUUAGGAAUUGAUAUUAUAAACUUUUUUUUUUUUUUUUUUGUACCUUUCUUAAACAUCAAUGCCGUUUUCUUUUAUGCCGUGCUGACUAUUUAUAAAAUGAUUUGUUUAUGUGUGUGUGUAUUCCUAAAUGCCAUGAAUCUGAAUGUUUUGUUCAGGGCCUUUCAUACACAUGGUCUUUUUUAAUGUGGGGUUCACCUAGCCAAAAGCAUGAUCAUUAUGUGACCCGUCACCUCUGCAUGACCAUCACCCCUUAAGUUUUCCCUGACCGACGGUGUCUUUUAACAGUUUAGAUAAUCGACUGACCUCACAUAUCGCAUUCAGGACGUUCAGUCCGCUCAGGGAUGUGUGUACGUUCUCCCGCAACUGAUGGUCUCAUGUCCAAAAGGAGACCUGCACACAUCGAUAUCAAAAUGAGUUAAACCAGUAUAUGUCCCUGUUAUUUUAUUUUUCACCUUGUUAUACUGGAAAACUUUGGUUGUCAUAAAGUAUCAGUGUUGGCACCCUUUUGUAUUGUUCCUCAUAAACAGCAAUGUUUUAAGACUGUUGCAUCAUGAUGAGAAUUUGUUACAAAGACCACAUUAGUGUAGAAAAUGGAAUCACACAGUGGUGUGCUUUUAGUUGGGUUUAAGAUGAGGUAGAGGCCAUCAGUGUUAUAUUUAUGAACAAAAUCCAAAUUGAAUCAAGUUUUGCGUUUUUGUGUAUUUUUGUUUCCCUUGUUAUGUACUGUACCAUCUUUCCUUGAAGCGUUUUAAGCUGCUGUUCGCUGUUAUUCCAAGAACGCCGAACCAGAGUCCAUGGCAGAUGGUAGAUUUUAGUAGCUUCCCAUGUACAGUGCAUAUUCGCUAUUAUAUACAAAGAGUUUUAGGACACACGAUUCUUGACUGUUCACAGUAAUGACAAAGGAUUAUUAAAUAGAGAAAAUAAA